UGCAAAAUAAAUUGCCACUGACACUGACAUUCAAUCAAUCAAUCAAUCAAUCAAUCGAUCAACCUAAUCAUUUUCUGUCAUUUUAUUUGGUUCGAUUGUUGUUCAUUUUUUAGACCGAUUUCCUGUAAUAAUAACAAGAAUGAAAUCCAUUCACCAUUAUCACGUAUUUUGUAUCACUUUUAUUUCGAUAUUCUUAAUGUUAACAACGACAGCCAAACGACUUAGAUUACCAAUGUUAUUACGAAGUAAUAAAUUCGAAUGUACAUCUACAAAAGAUAUUUGUAUAUUCAGUGUCAAAGGAUUUGUAGAACAACCGAAGAAUAAUAUUACACGAUUUUCGGAUGGAAAACAAAAUUUUUAUCAUUUCGAAAUCAAUGCAAAAUCAGAUUACAAAACACCCAGAAUGGCUAGAUUCUAUUUCAAAGCAUCAUUGUCAUCAUUGAAUAAUUAUGAUCAUCAACAACAGCAACAGAAACAGCUGAAAUCGAAUGGCACUAUUGCUGCAUGUCUUGCCAUUGAUUACCUUAUACAAGGUAAUGUUAAAUUUUUGCUAAUUAUCAGUCAACAAUCAACCGAAACCGGACAAUUGCACGUAUUAAAUCAACAACAAAUAAAUCAUUUUGAUCGUAUCGAAAAUAAUAAUAAUAAUAACAAUAACAACAACGUAUGGAAUACAGCAUAUGUAAAUCUUGUGGCCAAAAUGAAAAAUGCUCGCGACACAUUCAUAUUUGAAGUUUUAUGUACGAAAAAUUGUACGAAUAGAUCAACAUUUUCAAUUUCACGUAUCAAUCUUGAUUGGAAUCAAUGUCCAUUAUCGUCAUCAUUAUCGUCAUCAUCUUGAACUCGGACCAAAAAAAAA